AUGUCCCCCAAACGAGCUUGUGAUAUCUGCAUCUCACGCAAAGUCAAGUGCAGCGGCUCCUGGCCCUGUGACACCUGUCGUGAAGCUCUCACCCGCGUCCCCUGCACCUAUCUCAAGCCGCCGCGCAAGAGAGGCCCGAAGGUGAGGCGAGUAGCUCGACAGGACCAGGACGUGGAUCAAAUCCCCAUUCCUCCGGGUGCACAAAGGAAUGAAGAAUCGGUUCAACCGGGUCCGCAAGGCUUGAAUGUACCACAGAGGGUUGCUUCCGACGAUGGGGCGCCUGCUACUAUAUCCAAGAUGGUGCUGGCUCCCGUUGUCCGCCUCUACCAACAGUAUUCGUACAGCGUUUGGCCGGUCAUCAACGUCGACAGACUGUUGGACAAGAUAGAGGAUAUCAAUCCACAGACCACAGAACACGAUGCGGGGAAUCUGGCUUGUCUUAUCACGGCUCUCUGCGCAGCGACGAUGGCUCAAUUGCAACUUGCCCCGAUGCAAGAUGGCUCCACGGAGGUGGAUAGUUCAGUGAUGGCUCAAACUUGUCUUCGCAUGAGACGUCACUGCAAUGGAAGCGAUAGGGAAUACUUUGAUUUCUGGGGGAUCUUGACCUCCUUCUUUCUGCAUGUUUACCAUGCCAAAGUGAACCAGCGCUCUGUCGCCAUGAUGUAUAUCCAGGAAGCCAUUGCGGCGGCCAAAAUGAUUCGCCUGGAUAAUGCGUCAAGGAGAACAGAUAAAAUAAAGGGACUUUAUGACGAUUUUAUCACGAACAAAGCACUGAUUUUCCCCUUAUUGUGGGUUUCGGAGAGAGGCUAUGCAAUGCAUCUCGGUCGAACUCCGUCCUGCAUCGAUCCGCCACCACUCACGGACCUCAAAGAUUCCCCUACCGAUCUUCAUGUUCAGGGAUUACUGGAUCUAGUCAUGCUGUUCAUCGCCUUCGAUCAAAUCUCUGUUCGUGGGAAGUCCCAGAACGAAAUCACUUCCGCGACGCAUCUUACAGAUACUGAGAACAAGCUGUCCUCAUUGCGCCUGAACAUUGCGGGUCAUGUCUCGACUAGAACAGCAGAUUGUCACAUCACACGAGAGUGGAUGAGGACAAUCCUAUGGCAGGAGGCGUUGUCUAUGGGUCUAUUAUCCUCGGCCACUUCGACAGAUAUCAUGACCUUCGGCUUCCCUGCACAAGUCAGUCGUGACCUGCUUCAUGCUUUACGAUUUUUCUCCGAGACCGACUUGCUGCCUCUUGGACGAGACCAGCUGUUAAAAUGCUUCGAAGUCGCGAAUUCCCUCGCUGAUACCGUCCUCCUCACAGCUUCUAGCCAUCACUCGAGUUUCCAGCAUGCACCACAAGACUUUUUGCACGCCCUUUACCAAAAGCUUUCUCCAUUCCUUGAACAAGAUCCCAUAUUGAACUCCAUUCUUCGAACCAAAACAGCCGAGGUACUUGUAAUGGCACCCGCCCGCCUACUGACAUUGGAGCCUGGCGGAGUUCAUAUCAAUGGCCGUAUUGGCCAAGGCACCAUCGAAUAUGUGCCAUAUAGCGAUACACCUGAUGAAGAUGACCAUUCAAAUCCGAUAGUUGGAAGCGGUAGCCCUCAAUUGAUGCUAUCUGCAAAUGGUUAUUCCAGGCAUCUCAGUGACUUCAGAUAG